AUGCAAUUGGAUUUAUUUGAGUAAUAAAUAGUGAAGAAGAUGAGAUCUCAAUAAAGCAAGGAUAAUGGGGAUUCCAUACCUGCAUUUUUGUUGAAAACUUAUGAAAUAAUAGAUGUAUUGAGUAAUUUAAAAGAAUUAGAACCCUUAAAAUAAAGACAUAAUUAGUUGGAAUGAAGAGGGAAGUGCCUUCAUUGUUAAGAAAGUUAAUGAGUUCUCAGAUAUCAUAUUGCCUAAAUCAUUUAAACAUAAUAACUUUGCUUCAUUUGUUCGAUAAUUGAAUAUGUAUGAUUUUCACAAGACCAGACAUGAUAAUAACGAGAAUGAAUUCAAGCAUAAAUUGUUUUAAAGGAGUAAAAAGUAAGUUAUAUGAAUAUUUUAGACAUUUGCUAAGCUAGAUCAAGCGAAAGACCAAUGAUGUAAAGGAAUAGAAUUCUUUGAGUUUAAUAAAAAACGAAUAAAUAAGGAGUGAAUAAAGUGAGACACCUGAAGUAUGUAAAUUAGACAUUGUUGUUAGAUUUUGAAGUAGAUGGGAAAAUUGUAAAACAAGUAAUUGGAAUUAGAAAAAUUGAUCAAAAUCUUUAUUAAGUAAAAUGAAAAGGUGAUGAAGGAAAAUAAAUACUUGUGGAGUGAAUUGACAAAAAGCAAGUAUGAUAAAUAUUAAUAUAGAGGCAUAAGAAUGAAAAUUCAGAAGAAUAAAUUAUGAAAUGGGUUUUAUAAUCAUUACAAGGAACCAAAUAAAACAAUAAACUUAAGAGCAGUUUUUAAGCAAAUAAUUUGUUGAUGUUGAAAUAAACCUGCGAAAACGAUGAGGAAAUGUAAGUUGAAGCAUAAAAUCAAAAACAUUUUGAAACUGAAAAAUUGCAAUUUGAUUAACUGCCAUCUCAAAUUAUGAGUCAGAAUUUAGAAUAAUAGAUCGAAAAACUAUCAAAAACUUAAAUUAUUUAAGUACUUUUAAGUGCUAUUACAAACAAUUAAAAAUAAGAGAAGAAAAAUGCUACAAAAUUUGACGAUGAUCUUAGUUUUGAUGAAGAAUAUCCAGUUAUAAAGAAAAUGGAUUUGAAACAAGAGAAUUAAGAUAAAAAAUUAGAAAAUCAACUUAUAGUUUAUAAUGAACCAUAUUUUUUUCAUAAAUUGGAAGAUAAUUAUGUCAAUUCAGAAUCGCCCAAUCCAAGUCGUAAGAAUUCUUACUAUGAUCAAGAUCCGAUUCCAUAAUUUUUAGAUAGUGAAUUAUGA